AUGGUCGCACACUCAACACUCAGCGCAGCACUUCUCGGCUUCACCUCCACCGUCCUUGCGAGCCCAACCACGGCUCAAAAGGGCCACUACGUCAACUGGAGGAAGUUCCACGCCAACGGUGUUAACCUUGGCGGAUGGCUAGCCCAAGAAGCUACUAUCGAUCCGUACUGGUGGGAUCAAUACUGCAGAGGCACUGUCGAUGAGUGGAAUUGCUGUGUCAAGCUCGGUGACCAGUGUGAUUCCGUCUUCGAGAAGCGAUACGCGACAUACAUCACAACAAAAGAUAUUGACAAGCUCGCUUCUGGCGGCGUGAACUUCAUCCGCAUUCCGACCACAUAUGCAGCAUGGGUCAAGAUUCCCGGAGCUGGAUACCACUCUGGCAACCAGCAAAAGUACUUCAAGCAGGUCGCAGAUUACGCCAUUAAGAAGUACGGCAUGCACGUUGUCCUCGACCUGCACUCCCUCCCCGGGGGUGUCAACGGCCUCGACAUUGGCGAACGCGUUGGCAAGUGGGAGUGGUUCAAUAGCACCACCAACUUCGAUCUCUCCCUCAAAGUCGUCGAUGCUGCCCUCAACUUCAUCCAGUCCUCCGGCUCACCCCAAUCAUACUCUUUCGCUCCCAUCAAUGAACCCGUCGACAACCCCGACUUCUCCACAUUCGGCACGCCCGCCGCGCUCUCCGACGUCGGCGCCGCAUGGGUGCUUAAGUACUUCAAAGCCGUCCUCGCACAUGCUGAAGCAGUGAACCGCAAGAUUCCUGUCAUGCUGCAAGGUAGCUUCAAGGGCGAACCGUUCUGGUCUCCGUUUUUUAAUAAGAGCGACAAUAUUGUGUUCGAUGUACACAACUAUUACUUCGGCCGGCCGAGUGAUUCGAACAAUGUCACGAGUCUACUCUGCGCGGAUGCGAAGACGUUAGCAGGGGAUGGGAAGUUCCCGGUUUUUGUGGGCGAGUGGGCAAUUCAGACGAGUGCCAACAACAAGUUUACGAACCGUGCGAGAAAUCUGAAUACUGGGAUUUACGCGUACAACAAGUACACGCAAGGUAACUCAUACUGGACAGCUAAAUUCUUGGGUAACGUCUCUGUUGCAGGUGAGGGGACGCAGAGCGAUUACUGGAACUAUGAGUCUUUCCUCGACAUGGGUAUCAUCGAUCAGAAGCAAGGGAAGCAGUACUGCUCUUAGUUUCAGCGUGCUGC